UCCUCCAGCAUCAGAAUCCUCCCUGCUGGUUAAAAAUGCACCAGUCAGACUGAAAUCAUCCUCAGAGACGUGUAGCCUGAAGUCUGUUCACACGUUUGUGUGAGAAUUGUCUGGGACCUGCAGGACAAGUGCUAACCAAAAAUAAACAUGGCAGAAAAUUCUAACAGCUUGAAGCCAGACAUCUUCAACGAUAAAGCUUAUGUGUCAAAAAGAAGCAUCAGAAAGACCUUAAUUAAUAAAAUACGGUAUAUACCAAUAGAGAGGGAACUCACCACUAAUGCUAAGGUCUCACCAUCUCCUGCUGGCAGUGACAGUGACAUGAAUCCAGUGGGCUGUGAUGCACAGCAGGAAAUGAAUGAGUGUAAAAAUGUUAUUGAGAACCAGAAGUUUGGAUCUGAGCCUGAGGAAGUGUCCAGCUUUGCCAGCCUGAGGCUGAAACUUGAGGAAGACUGGACUGAAUUUGAGUUGGCACCAGCUCCAGAAACACAACAGGACACCACAGUAGAUAAGAAUAAGAAUGUAGCAAAGCAAUCCAGGGAACAUGAGCCAAAUUCAGAACCAAAACAAACAGGCAAGCCACAUUAUGUUUUCACAGCUAUGAAGAAGCGGAGCAUAGAGGGAGAUGCAGAAAAUCGCCCUUACAAAUGCCCUUACUGCAGCUGGGCCUUCAAGAAAUCCAGCAACCUACUGAGCCACAUGGAGACGCACAGCGGGCUGAAGCCACACGUGUGCGAGCUGUGCGGAAAAGCUUACGCACAUCAGGGCACCCUGCAGCAGCACAAGCGGCUACACACAGGUGAGCGGCCCUACAGCUGCCCCUUCUGCGAUAAGACCUACACAUGGUCCUCUGACCAUCGCAAGCACAUCCGCACACACACUGGUGAGAAGCCAUACAUAUGCACAGAGUGUGGCAAGGAAUUUGUGCGCUCGUCGGACCUGCGCAAGCACGAGCGCAACAUGCACACCAACAACAAGCCAUUUCUGUGCCGUGCAUGUGGCAAGACCUUUAACAAACCUCUAGCAUUGCUACGGCAUGAGCGUACACAUCUGGGUGAGCGGCCUUUCAUCUGUCCAGACUGUGGCAAAACCUUUGCCCUUCCUUCCCGCCUGGCUGAGCACCAGAAAGUCCACAGUGGUUUGCGGCCUUACGUCUGUCCCAUCUGCACAAAAGCCUUCACUAAGUCCUCAAACCUGACUGAACACCUAAGUGUGCACACCGGUUUCCGUCCACACACGUGUGCCGAGUGCGGUGUGUCUUUUGCCAUGCCCUCACGCCUGCUACGGCACCAGCGCACACAUGCAGCUCGACGACUGCAGCAGGCCCUUCAGCCACCGCUUUAA